UCGUUUUGCGUUAAAGUGCCAACAGCUGAUCGAAUUGAAGUGAAGUGAAAACCAAAUUAACGCCGAAAAAAUGCCGCGUUAAACGCAAUUGCAAGCAAAAUAAAUUGAAAAUGGAAAAAGAAAUUCAACGUCGUGCAAAAAGAGCAAGUGAAGUCCAAAAGGAGCACCUCAUUAAUUAUUUAGAAAAUAAUCCUGACCUAGCCAACGAUAAGUAAUUUUUCUACUUUUGCCGUUUUAACAUUGCUUAAAGAUUGUGCGUUUUCAUAGAUUUAUAGGGGUAGACGGAGCUAAAACCCAACAUAAGAAGUGGGAGGAAUUGGCGCAGACACUUAAUGGACUGGGAGCAGCACAAAAAUGUAGAAAAAAGUGGAGAAAAUUUUGGACCGACUUGAGGCUCUCCACCAAAUCAAAAUAUAGUUCAAUAAAGCAGCAGCAAGAAAGGAGUGGCGUAAAUGGUAUAACAAAGCUAAAGGAAAUGACAGAGUUUCAAAAGAGAAUUAUAAAUUUAAUCUCAAAGGAAGCAGUGGAUGGAGACUAUUAUCCUGAACUUGGAUUUGACAAAAUUGAAGAGGAUUGCUUUAUAGAUCGGAGCCCUCCGUUGUUUGAAGAAGUUAUUGAAGUGGAUACUACACAAUUUAUUCCGGAGAGUCCGACGGACGCAUAUCAAAACGAUGCAAUGCCCUCCACUCUGAAUAGCAAAACGCCAAAGGUACUUCAGAAAACUAAGAAGCGCCAGACAAGAGACAAGUUGUUUGCUGAUGACGUAAUAGAUUAUGACGAUUUAGCCACAACGAGAAAAAAAGAGCAGGCGCUAGAGGAAUUAGUAAGCUUGAAGAAAGAUGAUAUCGGCUAAAAUUUAUUCGACCACUGUACAUGAUCAAUCCAUAUUGACCCAGAGUGAAGGAGUUUUAAAAAUAUUGAAUCAUGCUGCUAUUUUAAUUGUUCGACGAAAUGGCUUGAUGGGUUUAUCUAAAAUUGUGCACUGUAUUCUAGAACCUUACCGAUACCCUUGACUAUUCAAUUUCGAUUCAAACAAAAAAAUUACCAACCAAGCCUAAUGUGUGACCUGCUUUAAUUUACAUUAAAGUUUCAAAUAUAAAAGAAA